GUUUCGGAGUGUGAACGCGUGACUUGGGGCUGACGAUAAAUUAGUCAGAUGAUUUAAUCGCGCCCGACUUAUAACAAGCGGAUUCGAGCUGUAAUCGUUCAGUGUGUAUAACGAUACCCAUAGUGAGUUAGUUACAGUGCAAAGUUUCGGUACGCUCGAUAUUUAAAGCUGACAACCCAUAGAGAUUCAGAGAAAACAUGGCCCGUGUUCUGACGCACUUUUUACCGAUUGUGUUUGUUUUGACAAUUUCGCUGGUUACAACUGUCUUUCCCAAAAGGCAGUGUCCAAAAGCCUGUAGAACAUACAUUGUGAGUGAAGUAGAUGCAAAAGUCAGUAAAGCUGUCAGGGUAAGUAUUAAUACUUCUUUUUUACUUCAGUUUAGUCCUUGACGGCGUUAAUUUUAUAUCAUUUAUGACUUUCUUUUAAUUAGAGCGGGUUUCUUAGCCUUUGUUUCACAUAGAAUGGUGAAUUAAAGUUUUGACGUGAAAGCGAAAGGCAGCUAUUUUUUAUCGUGCAGAAUCACAAGAUGGUUUAAGCUCUUAAAGAACUUGGGCUGAGUACAAAAUAGCUGAAAACAAGUGCUGUAUUGUGAAUUUUCGUUGCGCCCGAGACACCAUCUAGUAAGUGCUAGGGACAACGGUACUUCGACGUUUAAUUGAUAAACAGCAUUUUGAAAAGAUUUCUGCUCUGUUGCGUUGAUCCGCUUGUUAGCAUUUCGUAGAUUAAACUUUGCCGUUUAUGGAAGUAGACUUUUUUUCUUUCGUGCAAAGUACUUGGCACGUGAAAUUUAUGUCCACUCGACUGCUAACGUAUGGGCUGUCUAUUGACAAAGGAUGUUUUUGUCGUGAGAAUGUUGAAUGGCUUUGCUCCAACGGAAUGCAAUGGCAUGCAAAUUACAGGUUAUGAACAUCACAAAUUAAACAUUGUCAAGCCAUCCAUUGUUGUCCCAGAUACUGCUAAGACAUGUCAAAGUGCUAAACCAAUGAAGAAUGUGCAAAUUGAGAUAACAUCGAAAACUAGGCCGGGAUAAUUGCGCAACAGUGGCUGAGUGGCCUUUGAGACGUGGAAGCUAUUCAAAAUGGUGGAAAGUUGUCAUUUUCGUUGAAUUACGAAAACAGUUCACUUGUCGUUGCAGCGCUUGGAACGCUUCCCGCAAAGAAAUCGCGGUUUUUCUAGAAAUGUGAGUCAUGUUUAAUUGAAAACACGGCCACGACCGGAAAAGGGACGAUUGCAGAGAAUGAAACGCCGUGAAAAUUGAGUGAUUUUUUUGACCGCGCGCAUGAAUAAACGACCAAUGUUGUGUUUUUGGCCCUCCCCUGUGAGGAAACAUUCUUAGCUGUUAAAAGCAUUUAUGUUAUCUUUUAAUCUCGCGCUCUUUUUUAACGAAAAGUUUUUAAAAUAUACCCCCUCUGAGUUUAAAUGUGGCCUGUUUAGUGUACCUCGAGACCAACUCGUGACGUUAUCACGAAUCAAAACAAGGAAAUCGAAACAAAAGACCAUUUGUCUCGUGGUUUAAAAAAAAAAAGAUCUAUCAAAAAUUUCCACGCUUAGCCAUUACCUAAGACAGUUCUAAGUGUAGGUUAAAGCGAGAUAAAGAUGCACUGAUGCAAUACACUUUGUUUAUUUCUUAACUUUAGCAAGGCAAUACUCAAUCUCUCGGUUUCUUUGACUACAAAGUCAAUCUGCUUUCCAUAUUUAUAACUUAUUGUACUGCAUCUUAAAAUAGCACACGAAAUAGAAUGUGAUUGCCCGCAAUAUAUAUUUUGCUCCAACUUUCUUUUUUUUCUAACGUUGUGUUGAUCAUCACACUUUAUAAAUACGUUACUGAAAUAUUGUGUUCGUUGUCCUUUUUUGGGAAAAUUGUUGAGGUGUGGCUUUCGUGUCACUUUCCAAAAGUGGAUGAAAAAAAAUUCCUUUUUUUAUGCAAAUGAUUUACAUGGUUUUUGCUGGUCAUUCACCAUGACAAAUACAGGCUUUUAGUGGCAAGGUCACAAAUCAGAAGUCUUGUGGUAUUAAAUGGGAAUGUAAAGUAUUUUUCUGGAAUCAAACGUGCCGGUCACGUGAAUUUUUUGUGCGCAAAGCAUUCCUCAAAUCUUAUCUGUCUGUUUCCCUUUCAGAAUGUUGAAAAAGGAAAACGUGGUCCAAGAGGAAGACAGGUUAGCAAAAUCUAUUUUCUUCUAGGUUUUUCACGGUGGUUUCCGUUCCGUUGCAUACGCAGUAAUUGGCAAUUAAUCAUUCAUUCGUUCAUUUUGAUUCGCUUGCUUGCUUAGUAACUAACCCGGGCCUUAUAAUCAAGGUGAAGGUUAACUCACAUACACUGAUUUAAUUUAAUAGUGACAAGCUUACUUGACAUGUUGGAAAUCGAGAGAAAAUACGAAGGGUGCUGUUUAAAGCAGUUCUGACAUUCCAAAACAACAACAAUAUCAAUCAAUAACAUAAUGAUCAAUAACAGCCGCAACAACCACACACUAAAUGGAGAAAAACUUAAAAAGCAACGGUCAACCAAAACAUUUUUAUGAAAAGGAAAAAAAUCGUUAUCGUGACGGUUUAAGGUCAGGAGAAUAAAAGAAAUAACACCAAUUAAAUAACCUCUUGACUGUUAAACAAAUUCUCCUUGUCCGCACUUAGGAGAUGCACAGAGAACAGUUAAGAGAAUAUGCAUACUGAUGUUAGGGUGUAAAGGGUUGAUCAUGCUUCCUCCUCAUAUUCUUCUACUGUUUGCUUUCAUCAUCAGGGAGUUCAAGGACCUAUCGGGCCUCAGGUACUACUUCGUGUUACUGAAACUAAUCUGUAACUUUUUCUGCACUUGCUAAUUUCUGCUUAUUCAGUGCUUAUUUACUUUUGGCUUCACAUCUACUUCCGCAACUCUAGAAUAUCAAAUCACUGUAUAAAUUGUUCCAAGGUGAUAUUUUUCAAUGCACUUCAGCGUACAAUAAAACUCAUUCAAGUCAGUUCGAGCGUGUGAGGCUUUACUCUGUGUAAAAGUAGGUAUGACAUAUAACACGCGCUCGUUCACGGUCAACAUUUUUUUAUUUUUCUUUUCUACAGGGUUCACCAGGCUCUCGUGGAGAGAGAGGUCCCAUGGGUCCUCAAGGACCGAGGGUAAGUUGGGCACUAUUUAAAAAAUAGUUGAUUUCUUCGUUUCUUCCCCGGUUUUUGCAAUCAAUGCUGCGACUGUUUUUGUAAUGUUGUCCCCGAUCUUUACCUAGUGAAGCGUGUGUUGUUUGAAAACAUUGGUUUCUUUUGUUUCAGGGAGAGCAGGGUCCACAAAUUUCCCUUCCAAUAUGUGAACCCGGAGAGUACGUCACAUCCGACGGGAAGCAGUUAAAAUGCGUUAAAUUUGGUACGUCAUAAAAUGUUUGCUCUAUUCUGGUAUCUUUUUAAUCAUAGUGACUUUGCUGUUUAUUCAGAUCGUUUCAGCUCGUAAUAUUCCUGAUUAGUUACUUUGAUUGCGAUAGUCUUGAAAUAGAUCUUUUAUGAGUAACACACCCUUUAGCACGCCCUUGUACCGCCCACUUUGUGUGACGUCAUAACGUUCAAUGAGUAACGUACGAUAAUUAAUAACGCGUGCGUUUAAAAGAUUCACUGACGCAUUACGAUGAUUAUUUUUCUACGUAGUUCGGCGAUUUUUGAAUAUAGCCUCUUUUUUAAACUCUUUUGUGUUUUUGGAGUUAAUCCCUUUGCAUCUUUUGUCUUUUUACGUUCCGUGACGAAGUAGAAAUCCAGUGUCCAUCAAGCCUGUUUUAACGUUCCAUUUUGUUUUUGUUUUUUUCCAGGUGAAGAAGUUUGUAGAGCUGUAUCGAAAUGCGACGGUACUUCAGGUACUUGUCAACGCUGUUUGUCAUUACCCUGAGUAUUGUUGCUAUCAUACCAAGAACUGAAGCGCAAUAUUCAAGGGUUUUGUUUGUUUUGUGUGGUCAGUAAAGCAAUCUCUAGUUCAAUCAGGAUUCAUGCUGAUAAUUGGUGAUGAGGCAAGUUUCUAAUUGUUUUUUCCUUUCUAUUUAUCCAGGUUACCAACCAACAACGCCCACUCUUUCCACAAGUAAGAAAAGUUACGCUUCGUAAUCCCCAGAAAUAGUGACAGGGAAUAUUCUACAGAUUUCGGCGAUUUUGAAUUAAGAGAAAGAGGCUUUCAUACGACUUUCAAACGAUGAAGUAUUCUGACAAUAAAAUUUUAUAAUUGACAAUUUAAGUAAAAAUGUGAGGUGCUUUCACAAACCAUGCAAGAUAUACGACACUAUAUUAUCACUCGUAGAAGGUGUUGCCUAUUUGUUUAUUUGUUUUGAGGAAAUAAAUGCUUUUUUCGUAAUUUGAGCCAAGAGAGAAAACGUAAAAAGAGUUACCCUUGCGGUCAAAUUUUACAAAGAAAGGAAUUUUCAUGAUUUCAAUUAAUGAUUUCAUUACUCAAUAGAAAUAGUUCAGUGGAACAAAUUAACAACCGAGCCCACAUUCUAGAAAAAGAAAUUUGUGGUUAACUAACUUCAAUUAGUACGCCUUCCAAAACCACAUCGACUGAAAGGUAGUGAUUGGCUCUUUAAUAGUCGAGAUAGUUCUAAGCUCUACGUACCAUUGCUCUUUGUAAUUUUGUAGAUAAUAUGGUUUAAGGUAUUAAUUGUCUAAACUGUGUAAUAGUUGAAAACUGGCCUAGAUUGCGUUGGUAAUUGAUGGAAUGUCUUUCUCUUUGCAGCACCAACUCCCACUCAGCCUCCGGUGAAAGGUAAGAUGAUGGGAAAUUGGGGCGAGAUAUAAUCGUCUUUCAAGGUACAGCACAGCGGUCUUUUUAUCUCGUUACUAACCACGUGACUUAUCUUUUUUCAGAAAACGUCACCAUGACCAAGUUUAUGAAGAAAUACAUGAUACAAACCCUGUACAUGGACGCGUGGGACCUCGAAACGUUUUACAUAGGCGAUCAGCUUUUCCUUGGCGUGUCCCAGCUAGGAGGAAAAAGCUUUGUUAUUUACAAGUGGGACAACGACCACAGGUGAGCAUGUAUAUGCAAAACUUUUAACCCUUUAAUUCCCAGAAGUGAUCAACAUAAAACUUCUCCUUACAAUAUCCAUACAUUCUUCAGCAAACAGGUAAUGAGAAUAUUCAAACUUAUCAGGUAGAAGCUGCUAUCUUGAUCUAGCACCAAGUUCCCAUAACUAAUUUACAAGGAAAUUAGUAGCAGCUAGAGGGGAGAAUUAACAAUCAGAUCUUGGGAGUUAAAGUCCCAAUCAGGUUCUACUGAGUCAGGAGCCAAUCACUCAGAGCUUCCGUCUUCUAUACUUUUGCAAAGGUCUUCGUUUAAAAUUCAGACUUGUUAAGAUAUUCUAGGAGAUUCUACACCCUUUUUUUGCGAUUGCUGUUGUUUCCAAUGUCUGCAUCAAACGCAGUUAGUCAGGAGAACCACUUUUCUACGGUGACAUAAUUUCGGUUGCAUGAUCAUCAUAACUGAUAAAGGAUGAACACUUCCAAUUGCAUUGGAUCAAUGCCUGUCUCUGAACAACUGUGCUUCUACCCGUCCCCUGACCUAACAUUAAUCCUAAUUUGUUAUCAGUUGACUGUUGUAGGGUUAGGGGAGGGGUAGGUGCGUAGUUGCUCAGAUACUGACAUUGAUCCAUUGUAACAAUCGUAACUGAUUUUUUUAUCCAACUCGACCAGCGAGAAAGUCUUAUCUUAUCACAACACAAGUUAUUAAAUCCUUGUUCCAGAGAUAAAGUAUGGAAAAUUUGACGCUCUGAGGCAUGCAAUCCUAACGUUUUGGUGUUUACACAAAAAUUCACGAGCCAAAACGUUGGUCAACAUCUGAGCUCCAACUGUUAUCAAUCAUGACUACGAAGGCAACGAGAGAUGUCCACUACGCCAUAUACAAUACUCGUUGUAUUAACGAAGCUGCCACCCAAUCAAGUGACAGCCAGUUGCUUACGUCAUCAUGAUUGAUAGCAGCUCAACAGCCCGUUCUCUGGUGGAAUUUAUAAUACCUAAAGUAGAGUAACUUUCGAUAAAAAUUUAAAAUCUUUAAAGUCAUAGUUAUUUUGUUCUUUUGCAAAAGCAACAUCGACGUUCAUCGUUCUUUUGUGUAUUUCCUUUUUAUUUUAUUAUUUUUGGUCUUACUUGACUUGUGUUCAAUAAUUAUUUGUUGUGAACUCAGUUAGUGUCUUUUCAUAUUCAGUGACAAAUCGUUGGAACAAGAUUCCAGUUACAGCCCGUGAGUGCAUAUUUCACAUAAUAAUCCACAUAAUAUUAAUAUUAAUUUCAUAAUUUCCACACACUGUAAUAAUAACCACUCACUCUCACAUAGGUAUCACUGUAUAGUUUCCCCGGUCUGAGAGCAUUAAUGUUCAACUUGGUUAACAGUAUAAUCUUCCGUCACCUUGAUGGUUAGUUUUGGGCAUUGUGUUCUUAUUGUUUUUCUUUUGUUUUUUUUUUUUAUCAUUUUUUUUUCCAUUGAGUUUCUUUCAAUAAACCAUUGGCACACUUUUGACCUCAAAGCAGUGACAAACAUGUACAAUUUGGACAAAACAAAUGAAAGAAACAUUUAGAGAAAAACGCGCCAUUUUGACACCAUUAAAAUGCGAGGGUGGGGAGGGAGGAAGGAGGAGGGAGUAAGGGAGAUGUUCAAAUCACUUUGCCCAAGCAUCGUGAACGUAAACGUGAAGACAAUACAACCUUUUUAUUUGCAAGAGACUCAAAGAUGAGAGCAAAACAUGUGGUUACGUCUUCCAGUUGAGUAGAGUUUUGAGUUUGGGUUAAAACUUAAAAGUCAUAACUUUUUUUGUUUCAACUCAUUAAGCAGAUAAUGAAUAAGUUGAUAAAUAGCUUUAUGACUUAACUGAAACGAACUAAUGACCGAAUAAAUAAACUGAUAUUGAAGUACAUGUUUGAAAGAUAGUAGCAUGAAUAAAUAAUAGCAAGCAUGCCGUAGAUGAAAAAUAACGUAACCUUACAACUAACUCUUAACUCAAUAUCCACUAAAUCCACGUCAAACCACUUAAAAUACUAUGGUCAGUUUUGAUGUUAAAAGCUUAACUGCUGCGUAAAUCAGUGCCUAACAAUUGAAUUUUGUGUUCUGUUACUCAUCUCUGUCGACUCAAACUCGAAACUCACGCUUCAGAUCUUGGACGAGUCACUUGGACGUGUCACUAAUGGGAAACGUGUUUUGAUUAUUUAGGGGUCGCUUACCCAAAAUACAUCGGCACUGCACAUACAUCGACACACCUAAGCCUUCCAGGUGCAGGCAGGCCAAGUACUCGUCACGAGGAAGACGAUGUAUUGCAUUAAGAAAAGACAGGACAUCGAAACAAAAAUAAAUUAGUUGUCCAAUUCAUUCUAAAACUCUAAAAAAUCCGGUUUAUAUUUUGAUAUUAGAAAAGCACUCCAACAGACUGAGUUAUCACAUCAAAGGGGAGCCGUUCAUUAUUCUUGCUCCUCAGUGAUUUUCAAAGCGAUGUUCUUUCUUUUUGUAAUGUCGUUACUCCGUCUUUCAAGUACAUGGUUUCCAUAUACACCCUUUGAACAGUCAUUUGAAACAAAUUUAUCCCGAUCACCGCACGUAUAUUUGGGCUGCCUGUGCCUGCGUUCCAGGCGUUUCGUUACCAGACAGGUCCGUCAUGGAUAAGUCUAGAUUUGUCCUCUAAGCACGUACGGGAUGGAUACUCACGUUACAAUAUAAGAUAUGGAUAAUUCUCGUGAACAAAAUGUGUAUUUCUCACCCUUUUCGACGGCAAAUUGGCUGAUACUUUUUCCCCUUGUCUCUCUUUUUAAGGUUCCGCAGUUUCCAAAUCCUCAAAGUUCCCUUCAGUCGAAAAUGGAAGCAUUUCGUCAUCGGAGAAGACGUCUAUUUUGCGGUGGCUAGCAAUUCUCGUUCACACGACUCUCCGAUCUUCAAAUGGAAUGGAGAUAUGUUUGUUCCGUUCCAGAAUUUACCCACAACAAAAGCCUUUGACGUGGAACCAUUUAAGAUCGGCCAAGACACCUUCUUAGCCGUGGCCAAUUAUUAUGGGCGUAGCUCACAAAUUUUCAAAUGGGACGGUGAGAGGUUCGUCAAGUUCCAGGAUAUCGCUGCUGUAGGAGCGGAUGUAGAGCAUUUUGAAAUGGAUGGUACCACGUAUUUGGCUGUCACAGGUAUAUCACAGGAGGAUUUUUUUUGUAACACAUCUGGACGUCAAUGCAGGGUGGCGUGGGGGGGGAGGGGGGGGGUGGGGAGAAAUUUGAUAUACUCAACUUAUUUUUCUGAUGUAUUUACAACCAUAGGUAUUGUAAAAAUUACUCAGCAUGUCAACUUGACGAAGUCCGCACCGUUUUUGGGAAAAUUGUUAUGUUGACGUAAUCUUUCUCUGGUUUGAUAAAAAAUAUACCGUACAUACGGUAAAAGAUAUUUUUUCAUACACCAAAUAAUAGUCGCUUGAAAAACUCGUUUUUAGGCAUUUUGUUGCAGGGCUGAUUUUCUUUUUCAUUUCGGCGAUGAAAGAAACUGGGAGGGAAAUCCUCUCUUUUUUUUUCUUAAACUAACCUAAAAAGCACAGAUAAAGAGGAUAUAAGAAACUUGAUCUUUGCAUUAAACAUUUGUCGUUAUUCUCUUUCCCAGGGCCCUUCGCACGCGGCGCCUACGCGUUGAUCUACAAAUGGUCUGGCUCCACCUUCGAAGAAUUUUACCGGCUUCCCACAGGAGAGCGUGCAUAUGGAGUCAAGGCACUGUCUGUUGAUGGCAACCAUUUCUUAGCUGUGGCCCGUUGGCAAGCACAGACCUCCCUUAUUUUCCGAUGGAAUCAAACACAUUUUGACCUCUUCCAAGAAGUUCCAUCAAGAAGGGUAAGAUAUAAUGUGACACACAUCGAAUUUCGCCAAGUGAUUUUGGUGCACUAUUGAUUAAUCAGCCAUAUAAAGUGAAAUAUUACUUUCAGAAUACCGCCUUUCAGUUGAGACGAUCAUUUGAGCACCCAAUGAAAAAAAUGCCUCCCUUCCUUGUACCUGUCACUUACAUCAAGAGACACCUGAGCCCUAGGGAAGAAUUGUCGUAGAAACGAAGGUGCCCGCCAAGACAGUUAUAGACUUGAAAGAAAGCAGAAAAUUCUAUCGAAAGUUAAUGAAGAGGAAGUUGGGAGAGAAAUGAUCAAAUAGCUCCUGAGCGCUACAAGAAAUCAAUGAAUUUGUUUCAUCAAAUGUCAAAAAUUUGAAAGGAAAUUUUUUUUAUCGGCGGAACCCUUAAAUUAACUUAUUAGUCACAAUAUAUUGAGUUGGGGAACUUAUCUCUUCAGCCCUUUUCUAUUGUAAAUAACCAGUGCUUGUUGAAGGAUACGCAUCCAGAAACCCAUGCAUAGAAAUACACGCCUAAUACAUUCCUUUUGAUCAUGUGGUUUUUUUCUUCACAGGCACGUGACUGGAUCUCAAUCACGUCCCCAUUCAUGUCACGUGAGAAGACUUACCUAGCGAUUGUUAGCAGCGACCAAGAUCCGAGUAUCUAUGCAUGGGACAGGUACUACACGAAAAAAUUUGUCAAGGUACAAGACAUUCCAUCGGAGAGAACGCGGGAUAUGGUGUUUUUCAACAUGGGUGAGAGUGUGUACUUAUCCGUGGCUUCUCACAGAAGCACUGACAUCUACCAAGGAUCAUAGAACUGCCUAUCAGUUCUUUCACUGAGAAUAAGACUGCCAAGUCAUCCCAAAUGUCUCCACCUUUAAAACCGCGCGGUGUUCUCGCGCGGAAGGGAUCGCUUGAAUGACGCAUAGUGAAACAUUCGGCUUGAGUUCAAAUUCGUAAUUUUCAACUGCUAGCGUUUUUCGUGACUUUUUACAUGAUUUUUCACCUCGUUAAUGAAAACUGAUAGUCA